AUGAAUUUUAUGGUAAAACACAAAAAGACAGAAUGCAUUAUUUUUAUUGUUACCAGUGGUAGCGCCCUGCAAGUUUUGACCGGUAGUUCAGAAGUGGCAAAGUGUUUUUGUAUCUAUGGCUUUCUUGAUCCUUGUAACAGUUCUCUGAAGACAAUGUGGCAAAGAGGCUCGGAUGCUCAGGGUCUUGCGGUGCCACCUGAAAGUCAGCGCCUCCUGCAUUUUCCUUCCUUAGGUGCCUCGCCUGACUCACCCUCGUCCGGGCCCCGCCUCCACUCUGAGCCAGGCACUACUCUCAAUUCUGGGGAAGUAACAGUGAACCAAACGGCCUCCUACGUGAUCACAGACCUGACCCAGCUGCGGAAGAUCAAGUCCAUGGAGCGGGUGCAGGGCGUGAGCAUCACGAGGGAGCUGCUGUGGUGGUGGGGCAUGCGGCAGGCCACAGUCCAGCAGCUCGUGGACCUCCUGUGCCGCCUGGAGCUCUACCGGGCUGCCCAGAUCAUCCUGAACUGGAAACCGGUUCCUGAAAUCAGGUGUUCCGUUCCAGCCCUCCCAGACUCUGUGAAUCCAGACAGGCCUUUGGCAGCUUCUGUAAGAAAGGCUGAGGAUGAACAGGAAGAGGGGCAGCCUGUGAGGAAAGCCACCUUUCCGGGCCCAGGGUCCUCUCCAGACAGAGCCUACCGGCAGGCCUUCCUCCAACCUCCUGAAGACGAUGCUCCUCAUUCCUUAAGAACCAACCUCCCCACUUCAUCUGAUUCACAGGACUUCAGCACCUCCGUUCCUAAACAGGAAAAACUUUUGAGCUUGGCUGGAGAUAGCCUCUUCUGGAGCGAGGCAGACGUGGUCCAGGCAACUGAUGACUUCAAUCAAAACCACAAAAUCAGCCAGGGGACCUUUGCUGAUGUCUACAGAGGGCACAGGCAUGGGACGCCGCUCGUCUUCAAGAAGCUCAGAGAGACAGCCUGCUCAAGUCCAGGAUCAAUUGAAAGAUUCUUCCAGGCAGAGCUGCAAAUUUGUCUUAGAUGCUGCCACCCCAAUAUCUUACCUGUGCUGGGCUUCUGUGCUGCAAGACAGUUUCACAGCUUCAUCUACCCCUACAUGGCAAAUGGUUCCCUACAGGACAGACUGCAGGGUCAGGGUGGUUCUGACCCCCUCCUCUGGCCCCAGCGUGUCAGCAUCUGCUCGGGGCUGCUUUGUGCUGUUGAGUACCUGCAUGGCCUAGAGAUCAUCCACAGCAACGUCAAGAGCUCUAAUGUCUUGCUAGACCAAAAUCUCACCCCCAAGCUUGCUCACCCAAUGGCUCACCUGUGUCCUGUCAACAAAAGGUCAAAAUACACCAUAAUGAAGACCCACCUGUUCCAGGCAUCAGCCGCAUAUCUGCCAGAGGAUUUCAUCCGGGUGGGGCAGCUCACGAAGCGAGUGGACAUCUUCAGCUGUGGAAUAGUGUUGGCCGAGGUCCUCACGGGCAUCCCUGCGAUGGAUAACAACCGAAGACCAGUUUACCUGAAGGAUCUUCUCCUCAGUGAAAUUCCAAGCAGCACCGCCUCGCUUUGCUCUAGGAAGACGGACGUGAAGAAGGUGAUGGCAAAGGAGAUCUGCCAGAAAUACCUGGAGAAGGGCGCAGGAAGGCUGCCAGAAGACUGCGCCGAGGCCCUGGCUGUGGCCACCUGCCUGUGCCUGCGGAGGCGCAACGCCAGCCUGCAGGAGGUGCGUGGCUCUGUAGCUGCUGUUGAAGAGCGGCUCCGAGGUCAGGAGACCUUGUUCCCUUGGAGUGGGCUUUCUGAGGCUACAGGCUCUUCUUCCAACACCCCAGAGGAAACAGACGAUGUGGACAAUUCCAGCCUUGAUGCCUCCUCCGUGAGUGUGGCACCCUGGGCCGGGGCUGCUGCCCCCCUUCUCCCCAUAGAGAAUGGGGAAGGAAGGCUGCGGGCCAUCGUGGGAAGGGAGGCCGACUCCUCCUCUGAGGCCUGCGAUGGCCCAGAACCUCCCCAGGAUGCAUCAGCUACAGAGACUUCAUGGCAAAUUGAGAUCAAUGAGGCAAAAAGGAAACUGAUGGAGAAUAUUCUGCUCUACAAAGAGGAGAAACUGGACAGCGUUGAGCUCUUUGGCCCCUGAUGACUGGCACACAGCUGAGGACACUUGUCCUUAGUUGGAAAGAUGAGCAUCAGAUCAAGAGAAAGGUCUGAGGCAGAAUCCAAGACCUGCCUGGAAAUACACAACAAAACCUCAGCUCUCCUGGGUGGGAGGGAAACUUCAUUUCACUGGAAUGAGUUGGGAGAGAAGGGCCCUCAGCUUUUAGAGACACAAAAAUCCAUGAAGCCUCUUCCUUUCUGGGCUUUGUUAGCUAGUGCAGGGGAUCAGAGGAGAGUGAAGCAGAAACCCUGUACACGGGCCCAGGAUGUGGGUGAUUUUGUGGUACCAGGGACUGUGUGAUGGUAACCACCCCUGCAGAUUCCAUUACCUCAGCAGCUCCUGUCCCCCCACCACUGGCGGAGCAUUCUGCAAUGCCAUAGCAUUUUCUGGAGCUAAGAUCUCUGGGUCGUAUUUGCUGACAGCCUGCAAGCUUUCAUGCUCUGAAAGACUUUUUUUAGUUUUUAUUUUUAUUUUUUUGUAGAGAUGUGGUCUCGCGGUGUUGCCCAGGCUGGUCUUGAAGUCCUGGGCCCAAACAGUCCUCCCACCUCGGCCUCCCAAAGCGCUGGGAUUACAGGUUGGAGCCACUGUACCUGUUCUGAAAGACUUUCAACUUGUGUCUCAGUGCAGUUCUUGACUCACCUCUCCAGGUCUCAAGUUCUACAAAUGGCAGACACCUGGUGAAGCACUCUACAGGCUUUCCACUGCCUGUAUUGGAAAUCUUGCAACUCACAUAUUUAUUUAGUCACUGCCUGGCACCUUUAUCUUCCCAUCCCACUAAUAUUAGUGUUUUUUUAAUGGAGCUUUUAUUUUGUUAUUUUUUUUGAGACAGUCUCAGUCUCUUGCCUAGGCUGGAGUGCAGUGGUGCGACUUCGGCUCACUGCAAAUUUUGCCUCCCAGGUUCAAGCGAUUCUCCUGCCUCAGCCUCCUGAGUAGCUGGGACUAUAGAUGCCCACCACCAUGCCUGGCUAAUUUUUAUAUUUUUAGUAGGGACGGGCUUUCACCAUAUUGGCCAGGCUGGUCUCAAACUCCUGACCUCGUGAUCCACCCACCUCGGCCUCCCAAAGUGCUGGGAUUACAGGCAUGAGCCACCACACCCACCCAAGAAUAUGUGUUAUUUAUAACUGAAUGAAGAAUCAGGAGACUGCAUUUCAUGUCUGAUUCUGCUGCUAAUUAAGUCAGUCAUUUAGUUUUUGGGACCUCAGUUUCUUUGUAAGUAAGAUAACACCUGCUUGUUCUCCAUCCCUGGGCUGUUGGGAGGAACAGAGGAGACAGUGGCUAUAGAAGCGCUUGGAAAAUGCACUUGUCCUGUUUUAUAAAAUAAAAAGGUAUUAAAUGUAUAUUUCUGCCAUGUACCUAAUGAUUAUUCAGUGUGUAUAUAUCUGAAAAGUCAUGUUGCAUAUCUUUUUGUAAAACAGAUGCUAUUUUAAAUUCACUGGGAGAAAUGUCCUAUUUAAAAUGAUUCUAUAGUGAUAUCUUUUUAUACAAUAAAAAUAUGUUUGUAAAGUCAA